UGCGCAGGUACACGCUGUUCCACCAUGGCGGGCAUGCAGGUACGCGUUGUUCCGCCUGCGGCUGAGGGCGGAAGAAGACCUCCGACGAUGGACCCUUCAAGGCGGUACGACCCCUCCAUGUACAACCAUCUGCCGUCGUGGGAGAUGCCGCUGCCUCCCUCGGAUGAGGACCCGGAGGGGGAUGAACUUCCAACGUUUCCUCUCGCCAGCGGGUCGACGCAGCUAAUGUCGCAGACGGUGCUCGCAAGCGGGUCGGCAAGCAACGGACGCGGCGAGUACACGACACUCCUGCAGCAGGGAUUGGGAGACGGUGACGACGGGGGAGUUGAUCUCCGGUUCGGGUUGUCUUCUGGCGGCGGUAGGGAGGCGAGCCGCACGUUCAUCAUCGACGCCGAUCCUUCACCGCGUGGCGUUCAACAAUCUGGAAGUCGGCAUACAGAGCAGUCCACACUUCGUGGCGGUACGUCCGUUUGUGUCGGUGUGAGGCCAUCGUCAGCAGGCCGGCAGCAUGGAUCGAGUGCACCGUCCGCCGAUCGAUUGACAAGCACCUGUCCCGAACGCAAUGGAGUCGCAGUAGGGUCCCUGCGCAUCGGCGAUACACUUCAUUCGAUGCCCAAAAGCACAACGCCGACCCAACCCGACCUCAGGGACGACGGCACGUGCAGACCAGCGGUGCGUCAAACACCCUGUGUGGAGAACAUCACACGAGGAGUGUCGAACAUGCGGGCACACAACGAUGGUGGCGACGACGAUGGUGGUGGCGGUGACGAUGCAGACGGGCGAUUCGGGGAAGACAUGGAGGCAGGGGACGACGACGACGACAUUCCUAUUCGGUCUUUCGGGAAUACGGACGGGAGGGGGAGAGGACGCAGCAGGGGUGCUGUUUGUGGUCGAUCCGUUGGCCGUGGGGGCAAAGGUGGCGUCAGCAAUGACGGGGGGAAGUCUGUGACGUACUGGUCCCCGGAAGAGCAAAUCCAACUGGUGAGAUGCAAGCGGGAGCAAGAGAUGCACCUCGCCGGUCUCGGUCACAAUUACGGGCGGAUGCGGACCAAGGAGUGGAAGUGGGAAGAUAUUGCCAAGCGCAUGGCGAACGCGGGGAGGCCGAAAGACGCGGACGACUGCAUGAAGAAGUGGGACAAUAUCUUCCAAAACUACAAGAAGAUACAGAGGUUUCAGAAUGCGAGUGGCCGACCAGAUUUCUUCCGGCUAUCGAAUGAAGAAAGAAAGGAGCACAACUUCAAGUUCCGGAUGGAGAGGGCGCUAAACAACGAGAUCCACAUAGGCAUGGUUGGCAACCACACAAUUUUCCCUCCCAACAUCGCCGACACUGGAAGUCCGGACGGGGUGCAUCUGCCCAGGCGAGGAGCGGGUGCUGGGGAGUCUGUUGGUAGUGAGGGUGCUGGUGAAGGCCUCCCUGAAGAACGUUCUACUACGAGGGACUCCGACAGCAACGCUGCCAGCGCGGCUGGAGGGGGUAAGCGGAAGAAUGUGCGUCAACAGGCGUUGGAGUCGAUUGCUGAUGUCAUGGACCGCCAUGGCGAACUGAUGUCGUCGACGAUCGAAUCAUCUAGCAAGCGGCAAUGCAGCAUAUUCACGAGGCAGUGCGACAUACUAGAGCAGGAAGUUGCAGUCCAGAAAGCAUACUACGCGACAUCCGAUGAGACGCAGAGGAUGAUGUGCCACGCGCUUCUGGAGAUCGCUGCCGCCAUCCGUGGUCGGCCACACUUCCCGCUCGUCCGAUCACACUCCCAAGCUCGCCUUCAAAGGUCGCCACGAAACAUGUCUAUGCGAGGGAACACCCGUGGGAAGAAGUGCGACGUGGUCGUCGACGAUAGUCAAGAGCAGGGAAGAGGGUGGCGGCAGGCCCCGAAAGCGAAGAGGGUGCGUACGGAAGAUGCGUUGCCAAGGGUUCGUGGUCGUGGAGCGCAAGGUUGGGCGGGGGAAGUGGAAGGGGACUGUGACGAUGAGUUCACGGCGGAGGAGGAGCAGGCGGAGGCGACAACGUCUGAAGUACGCGAGAGCGAUCCGCAACGCUCUUCUGAUCGCACCGCUUCGAAGAGGAUGCAGACCCCUCCACACAAGGCGCAGCAACUGCGUGGCCGUGAAACGCGGACAGAGAAGGCUCCCGUCGUCGAUCUUGGCGACGAUGAUGACGAGCCCUUGGAGAGACGCCGCAUUCGCAUUCAUACGACGGUGACCCCACUGCCGGAGGUCGUCGUGCGGGUUGCUACAAACGAUAGGCCAGUCUCGGGUAGGCUGCCCGCCACGCCCUCUCAGCCACGUCAGCGCAACGACGCUGGUAAUGGAGGGUCCGUCCAACGUGUUGGCGGGGGGGAAGUCGUGGCAGAAGCUCGUGCAGUUGGCGCCCAGGUGGCAGGUGCCGUGGGGGCGGUUGGUUCAGGCAAUGUGGGCGCCGUAGCAACUGGGAGGGAGGACGCAGCAGUUGUGGCGACGGCGAGAGAGGAGGCGCGUGGCGAGAGGAAAGUCGAGCGGGAGGCAGACGAGGCCGGUUCAAGUCGGCCACGAAGGAGUGUCAUGACGAAAAACCUCAUUGAUCGUGCCGUCCUUUGGGUCGAUGACAAAGCUUUUUGGACGACGGGGGAGGGGCGAAGACUAUACAACAUCGUACACGAAACGAAAGACUACUUCGUCGCCAUCGCCAGUGGACUUUCAGCGCCUGACGUCCCUCGGAGCGUCGUUCUGCCGAAAGCCAGCACUCGCGUGGCCAGGAUCGUCGACCAAUCGCAGCUGCAGCAAGCGAUCUCCCAUGCGGCGUCAGUGGAGAACGUUGCUCUGCGCAUCUUGCACGGAUGGGUAUUCAAGUCCGGAAAUUGGCCAAGGGGAUACCAUGUGGCUUUCCAGUACUCGCUGGAAUCCUUUGCGACGGACAUUGCGCGUGCCAUGUGGUACGGCGAGGAGUGGUGCGAGGUUGUCUGUCCGGCAAUUUGCACGCACACGAUAGAUCUAUCCAUGGACCUACCGCUUUGGUUCGCCGGCGCCAACAUCGAGGACAGACCAGAGGACGACGGCAUGGCGGCGCACCAGGAGUCCACCGUCAUCGGCGUCGCGUAUGCAUUCCGCGCGGCCGUGCAAAUGGGGGCGCUCAUCGACGGCGAGUUCAUCUCACACGAUCAUCUUUCUCGGGUGGCUGAUUGCUUCAGGCUGUUGUUGGCGGCGUGCAUGUGGAUAAUGCGCAUGGCGGGAGACGAUCCGCGCAGCCACUACGAGGCUUUCUACUUCGCGGACCUCGUGGCAAAGCCCACACUCGUCGCGGCCAUGCAUCGCUCCUUCGAUCAUCGACGAUCCGUCGUCCGCGCCGCGAAAGUCGUCACAGACAGGCUAGGGAAGGCGACCGCUACGUUCGGAUAGUACCCCGACUACAUACCUCAAUGGGCGCCCUGCGGCAUUGCUUUC